UACAGGGUGGAUUUGGAUGCUGGCUGCGCUCGGUCUUACCGUGGCUGUUGCUCGCUCCGGAGGUAUCGCGGCGCGAUCUCGCUCGUCGCCACCCAAAGAGCCUCUUUCCGCUGUUAAUUUAUACGCGUGGUGCACCCGCUGACGACGCCGGAAAAACAACGUCCCGUCGAUCCUGCUACCUCACUUUCCCUUCCCUCCCUCCCGCGCGUUACCUUCUCGUCCGCGGUAUUUGCUGUCCCACCGAUAACGUCGCAGAGAAACAACGUAAAUAUAUUAUUUCGUACGUGCCUCCGUGCGUACACUUUUCUCCGAGAUAUCUCGAGAUAUCUCGAGAGCUCCGCAGCCUCCCUCGCCUCUUCUUCCCGCGCGGUAAACAACGAAAUCGCGGUUCUAUCGAGCGAGUUCUUUCUACGAAAUGAAGAUCAAUCGGCGUCGCGUCGUUGCCGCGACGAUCCUUCGCGCUGGAGAAUCUCGCGCUUUUAUCCUCGUACCUGUCGUUACGCCUGGCGCUUUCCUCGACGAGGCAGCUUCCUCACGUCGGUGCAUCCCGCGCUCCUUCAUUCAUUGAGAGAAUAAAAUGCGAUGACAGCAGGCAGACUAUCAUGAGCGUAGUAAAGUCGGGCCGGGACGCAGUAGGAUAUCAUCGUGUGACAUAUCAUGAGAGCGUUCGAAUUAUUUCUCAUAGAAAUCCUCGUCGCGUCGACGGUUCUCUGCGCCGAGGAUACCAGUAAAAAUGACAUCACCGGCCGGUGUAAGCAGCCCCUCGGUAUGGAAGAGGGAAAAAUACCGGAUGACGCGAUAACGGCGUCCUCGAGUUACGAGAUCAAGUCGGUCGGGCCCCAGAACGCAAGAAUACGCCAGGAGAAGAACGGGGGCGCGUGGUGCCCGAAGGCACAGAUCAGCAGUGACAUAAGGGAGUAUCUCGAGGUUGAUCUGACGAGGGAUCAUCUGAUAACGUGGACCGAGACACAGGGCCGUUUCGGGAACGGCCAGGGCCAGGAGUACGCGGAGUCCUUUUUUCUGGAGUACUGGCGAGACUCGGAGUGGCAUCCGUACAAGACGCUGAGGGGCGAUCGGGUAUUGCGGGGAAACAGCAACACGUAUCUCGUCGUACAGCAGAAAUUGGAUCUACCGUUCGUAGCGAGCAGAGUCAGAUUCGUCCCGUACAGCCAGCAUCCUCGGACGGUUUGCAUGAGAGUCGAGAUCUUCGGAUGCGUUUGGGAUCAGGGAGUGAGGAGAUACGGAGCACCGAAGGGCCAAGUGUUCGGCCCGGAAGGCGCCAACGCCGAGGAUUAUUCGUACGACGGUACGGAGGAGGGUGAUUUUCUCACGGGAGGUCUGGGCCAGCUGACGGACGGCGUCAUAGGCGAGGAUCCGUACAGGAUCGAGUCCUCGAGCUCGACGAAUUGGGUCGGCUGGAGCGACUUGAAUCCGGUCGAGCUGAUUUUCGAGUUCACCGGCGUUCGGGAAUUCGAGAACUGCACGAUGCACGUCGCCAACGCUCCGGACAAGGGAGUCGAACCGUUCUCGAGGGUACGCGCGUCGUUCUCGGUGGACGGAAAGACGUACGAGCCGAACGAGGAGAAGGCCGAAUUCAUCGGAUCGAUCAGGGCCAGCGUUGCCGCUCUGUCCAUCGAUCUCCACUCCCGGAACGCCCGAUUUGUCAGGCUCGAACUCGUGCCGCGCUCCAAAUGGCUUCUCAUCAGCGAGGUCAACUUCCACAGCGUCGCUGACGCUCCCGGAAACGUUUCAACGGAGCCUCGUUCAGAGACCGGGGAACCGGGCUUCCCCCGAGGAAGCCCUGCCAACGAGACGGUAGACGCGAGUCUCGACGAAGACCGAUCGGAAACGAGCAGCAACGAGACCUCCUACGAGGUCAAUCCCAACGUCACCCCGGACGCGUUUCCCGUCAACAAUUCCCAGACGUACAUCGGUCUCAUCAGCGGGGCUCUCAUGGUCCUCGCCCUCUCCCUCGCCUGCACUUUUUUCCUCGUAAAACUGCGCGGCCGCAACAAGGUCGCUCUCUUGCAAAAACACACCGCUCUCCUGUGCGGCUCCCCCGCCCCCGGCAUCACCAUCAACAUGAAGGACAUCAGACUCUCAAACUCGAAAGCAGCGAUCGCCAGCGCCGGCAACGGGGUUUCCUCCCUCUCGAGAGCCUCCGUCAAGGGCAAAUGCCCCCCCUCGUCCUCGUCCGGCGACUGCGCGACCAUUCGAAGCGUCGGCAAUAAUUCGACCAACGAGUACGAACACUGCAGCGUUUACGAGAAGACGUACAAACUCUUUUCCGAAGAAAACUUGGCCUACGAACAGCACACUUGCAAGAGGACCGAGUACUCGGAUGUAACCGGCUUCUCGAGCGAAGGUAAUCUCCAGGACGACAGAGUCUCGGACAGGAUCGUUCAAACGCCCUUCCCCCUCAAGAGACGCGGCUCGAUGACGCAGACGACCAAAUCCAGUAGCAAAAUUCACGAGGGCUAUUACGCGGCGACCGACAUUCUAACGAUUAAGAGAAGGGAGCAGCACGCCGGAUCGAGUCUCUUCACCUCGCUGCACAUCGACGAGUGCGCUCAUCUCGGGGACGCCCCAAACUCCUACAAAGUUCAACAGAUCUCGAGGCACAGGUUACGAAUCCUUGACAAAAUCGGCGAAGGAAGCUUCGGCUUUGUCCAUCUGUGCGAGGCAAAAGGCAUUCAGAGUCCCGAUUUGGGGACUACGAGAAAUCGGCAAGUCGUCAUAGUCCGAUCCCUUUGGCGCGGCGUCACCGAUUCCUUAAAAAAAGUAUUUAUGAAGGACAUGUACGCGUUGGCGGAGAUUCGUGACAUAAACAUAGCCCGAAUAAUAGCGUUGGUCGAGGAGGAGCCUUUCGGUGCGGUUUUCGAGUACGGGGAGCUCGGAGAUUUGCCGAGUUUCGUGAGGGAUCACGAAAAGUCGAGCAACGAUACGAGGCUGAGUUACGGAUGUCUGUUGAACUUUGCAACCCAGAUAGCAUCGGGAAUGAAGUAUUUGGAGGGAUUGAAGGUGCCGCAUUGCGACCUCGCCGCAAGGAAUUGCGUGGUCAACAAGAAUCUCGUGAUAAAGGUAUCGGAUCAUGCGAUGUACUGCAGCAAAUACGAGAGCGAGUACUACGUGAACGAGUGUUACGCCAAAAUUCCGCUCCGCUGGAUGGCCUGGGAGGCUGUUUUGCUCGGAAAGCGGAGCUGUCGGGCCGACGUUUGGUCGUACGCGACGACCGUCUGGGAGAUAAUGACGCACUGCGAGGAGCUGCCAUUCUCGGACAUGACCUCGGAGCAGGUGUUGGAAAAUUGUGGCAAAUGGUAUCAGGGAAGCGUCGGCGGAGGGGUCGGCAUCGAGGCGAAGAACCAGCCCCGCGUGCUCCAGCAGCCGGCGUUUUGCUCCAGGGAUCUCUACCGCAUGAUGACCAAAUGCUGGAGCAAGCGAGCCGAGGAGCGGCCGAGCUUCGACGAGAUUCAUCUCUUCCUCAAGAGGUUGGGCUUCGACUAGCGCCGAGAGCGUCGGGAGAAAAAGAAGAAGCUGGAGCGAGAGCGGCGUGGACCAAAGAGACGAAACGAUUACAAUCAGCUAUGAAGCAUCCUGUUUAUUCGCGGCGAAGGUGGAGAGCCCGAGGAGGCUGCAACAUUCUGCUUCUCGACACGAGCCAAAUUCAUCGCGAUCCGUGCGUCUCUGUCUACCCGCGACGGCGGUCCAAGUCCCCAACGGAGGGAUGCUCUGGCCACAAACUUGUGCUCAACUAGGUUUACCUUGAUCCUGUAAGCGUGAAUUUGUAUGUAUGUGUACGAGUAUUGAAUUUGCCCACGAGAAUACGAUCGCCUUGUUUCGCUACUCGAGAGCGAACGAGAACGGCCGACGCUCUCCAAACAAACUCAGUCAAUAAUACGUGGCAAACGAAAACAUUUCCAAAUGAUCGAGUCAAUCCUUGUUGAAUUAAGAUAAAUAUAUCAAUAAUACUCACGCGAGACAGAUAUUUUGAAGGAACGACGGACAAUCUCUCGGAUCGAGUCGACCUCGAGCUGUCUGUCGAAUACAUUUUUUUACAAAACGCCUUACCAAUUAUUUUCCCCGCGGUAUGAAGAACGACGGUGUACGAAUCCGGGCGAUAUUCCACGUAAAGGAACCUCCUUAAAAAUGUAUUCCACAGACCGGGCUCUCGGAGCGAUCUUUUUCGGCCGGAAAAAAUAUUCAUCUCCGCGAGGCAACAAACUCAUCGUCAUAUCAUCCUCCUCUAUGAGAUAUAUCAUUUUUACCAAUUCCUCAAUUUCGCAUUCAUCGCUAGAAAUUAAGAAAAAAACAAACAAACAAGAAAAUAUAUAUAUAUAUAUAGAUAUAAAUAUAUGCAUACAUAUGGCAUUAUCGACGAAAACGUCACGAGCGACGAUAACGCAUUGUGCGCGACAACGCCGCACUGUCAUAAUAGUCGAAAUAAGGGAACCCUCUGUAAAUUACCUGUCUAACGAUACUUGGUGAAGUACAGUCGUGCGACACUCCCGACUUAAACUUCCGACAGAGAGAUCGAUCGACUUUCAAUUUGACGUACGAAUCCCGGAUCAGAGUGAAACGGCGAUAACGAAUUCACGAGUUGGAUGUGCGCGCACGUCGCUUUUCAAAUAUCUCUAUGUAUACUACGAAGGAAACAAAAAUAUCGUUUGCCAGGAAAGACUAUUUUGUCGGAACAUAAUAUAUAUAUAUAUAUAUAUUGGAAUAAAACAUUUUAUCAUAUUUCAAAAGUGCAAUCUGAUCGUAAGGAAGCGAGAGCGAGUCCGGAGGAUGCGUGAACGAAAAAAUGAAAAAUAACGAAAUUUCGAUCUUUCUUAAAAUAAGUAUCUCGGAAUGUGUGCAUAAUAAGCUAUUUCUUGGAGUCGCGGUGGUACAUGCGGAUAUAUCUGUGCUACGACGAGGGGAGGCAAAAUACGAAAAGUAAAACGAAAAAAGGUAUCCCUUUGAAGAGAAAAAGAAAAAGUGAAAAAAAAAAAAAAUUAGCAUGGCUUUUACGGCGACGAUGAGAGGGGUUCUGAUUUAUCAAUAAUCCAAAAAAGUGACAAUCAAUUUUUCGGAAAUGUAAUAAUAUAUUGGCGCGCUAGUUGAGAAUUUUGAAGGUCUGCGGUUUUUCGUCGAUGUUGGAUUCAAUUAUGAAAAUGGAUAUUUUUCAAAUUCAUACGAGCGUGCUCCAGUGGCCGCGAGGACAAAAUCUCAAAACUUCCCCACUCUCUCUCUCUCUCUCUUUUUUCAGUCGAAUAUAAAAAAUCAACGGAAAUUCACACGUCGAGGUCUCUCGACACAGAAUUUGAAGGGUAGCAAACCACCGAUUCAACGACCACUGUCCAUUUGUAGCGUCCUAGAAACAGAUAAUUGAAACAGACAAAAGCGUAAAAAGUGAAAGAGAGAGAGAGAGAGGGAGGGAGGGAGGAUAAAAGUAAAAAAAUGUCGAAUGAACGCGGAUUAAGUACGACGAUGUUAAUUUAAAAUAUGAAUUCCAAGUGAUAUUUGUACACCUUUGUCCUAAAGUAUCAAAGUAGUAUUAUCCAUUUUUAAAGCGGGCUCGGGAGGGCGUGGGAAGGGGAACCAAUGAUGAAUCGUAGUUCUACACACUCACCUUAUCGCGUAUUACUCGGGAAAGUAAUAUGUAUUCUCGUAUUUCAUUACAAAUUAUAUUCUUAAUAUUUCCAGUGUUAUAAUCAAUAAAAAAAAAUUGUUAUACCGUGUAA